CAUGAAGUUUUCUUCCUUUUCCGGUAUGACGUGCCACGGGUGUAUGGGUAAUAUUUUUCGUCUUUCAUUCUCGUCAUAAUACGUUAGUUUCAUCGCCUGCGAAAGCGCAAGCUGGUUUUCAUUGGACCGGGUAAAACUGUUUCUCUUAUUAGAAAUCAUAUUUUGUGUAUUUAAAGUAUCUCAUACUGUACAAUUUUAACGCGAUCGUAUUUGACAUUCAUCUAGCUACCCAAUCUAAUUGAAAACUACAGCUUUUAUACGUUACGUUGCUUUCUGAAACCGCUUAUUCACUUUGCAUGACCACUAUCAUUAACGUUCAUAUAAAUUUACGCACUGUUCUUUUUCAUCAUAUAUUUUCCUAAUUACAUCUCUAAAAACGAGAUCAAGUCUCUGAACUAGCAUAUAUUGUUGAGUAGUUGAUAAUUUUUGUGAAUAUUACUACUAACCGACAUCUUCGAUAGGAUUUCUGUAAUUAAGACACGAAUUCAAUUAAGCCUCGACAACAUACGUAUAUUGAUUGAUUCGUACGAUAGUUUCCAUACGUUUCAACGUACAAUUUAAGUAAAACGAGCAAAAAAACGAGAGUGGACCGCGUACAUAGACAGAUGAACCGUGAUCUCAUUGCUUAGUUCGCUUGAUUGUAAUUGCGCAUAUGUAUAAAGAGCAAUUGAAAAACCGUCGCCAGGCAUUCUGGGUAAAAUUUCUGUGAGUAAUCAAAAUGGCUGUCAUACAACGAUUUCCGUUUUACAGCUACGUUUUAACGUGAUUCUGAAAAAUGUUAUUCUCGCUCUUACGUUCUGUGGAUUGAAAUGAACCGAUGUAAAUACGUAAUUUUUAACAACGUGUAUUCCGUCAGAUUUCUGCAUUUCGUUUGUAAAAAGAUAUAAAUUUUUAUUACAUUUCAGGGCGUUUGUUUUAUCGGGGUAUAGACGAGCGGGACGAGGGGGGGACUGUGCGCGCGCGUUGCAUGAUGGGACGAUGGACGGGAGGACGGUCGGGGAGGGCGAAAGAACGAGUCGAGUUCACAAAAUGGCGGCCAAGCUCAGGCCCGUGAACAUAUAGUACGUGAAAAUUCGAUAAUUUUGCAUGAUGUCGCGACUUUGUUCAUCAAUAGUCGUUUAACAUUACGAAUACGUGUUUACGCGAUAGUUUAAUCAUUAAAUUAACGUGAUUUUGUGCGUGGUGCGUGUAAUAUCGAGAUUUCGGUGCGACGCGCAGACGGAACGAUGCAGAAAACGUUAGAGUCUGAGUCUGGUAAAGAAUCUGGAUCUGAUUCUGAGAAUGAAAGUAAGAGUGAUAGCUCUACUUCAGGAAGUCUUACAGGAUCUGGUUCAGGAUCAGAAAGUGACUCUAGCUCAUCAAGCGGUUCCGGGUCCGGAUCAGGCUCUGAUUCUGAUAAAUCAGAGAAGUCAGACGCACCUGCACGAAGUGAUAGCUUCCAGAGCAAAAGUUCAUAUCACAGCACAGAAAAAGUUAGGCUUAAAAAUGAGUCUAGUCGCGAGUGGGAUGAGAAUCCUGAUAUUUACGGAAUCAGGAGAUCCGGACGUUCUAGGAAAGAGCCCGAAAGGCUCGCUACGCAGCGUGAAAGCGAUAGCGAUAGCCGCAAGAAAUUUAAGAAAAAGGGUUCGCAUAAUUCAUGGAACUCUGACAGUUCAGAUUCAGAAUCUGAUGAUGGUGACAGUAGGAGGCCUCCACCUAGUAAAUCGUUAAAUAGACGUGCCGCUCAGAAGGCUAAAGAUAAUGUCAGGGCACGGAAGAAACAUAUUUCCGAAUCGUCUGAGAAUUCAUCUUUUGAUAGCGAUGAUAAUAGGAGGCAAGCUUCGAGAAGAGCUGGUACUGCUAUUAGUUACAAAGAACAAAGCGAAGAGAGAACGGACAGUGAAGAUCUCGUCGAAGUCGAAGAGGGUAGCAUUGCAACUGCAGAACCGGACAAUGCGGAAACAAUUGAACGAAUUUUGGGACAAAGAUGUGGGAAAAAAGGAGUUACAGGAAAUGUUACCACGGUUUAUGCUGUCGAAGAGAAUGGAGAUCCAAAUCCAGCGGAUUUGUCUAAUGAGGAAACUGAAAUGCAAUACUUGAUAAAAUGGAAAGGAUGGUCUCAUAUACAUAAUACAUGGGAAUCGGAAGAAUCCUUGAAAGCACAAAAAGUGAAGGGAAUAAAAAAGUUAGAGAAUUUUAUUAAACGAGAACGAGAAAUCAAACAGUGGAGAGAUUACGCAGGACCAGAGGAUAUAGAUUAUUUUGAAUGUCAAUUGGAACUUCAACAAGAUCUACUAAAAAGUUACAAUAAUGUUGAAAGAAUCAUUGCUGAGUAUAAUAAACCUGAUUCAGAUCGUCCAGAUUAUUACUGCAAAUGGGAAAGCUUACCAUACGCUGAGGCUACAUGGGAAGAUGGAAUUUUGAUUGUAAAAAAAUGGCCAGAGAAAAUCAAAGAAUUCCGUGAAAGAGAAGAGUCGAAAAGAACGCCUAGCAAACAUUGUAAGGUUCUUAGAUCAAGACCAAAGUUUCAUCAAGUAAAAGGACAGCCGGAAUAUAUGGGGAGAGGAAAAGAUUUGAUUCUCAGAGACUAUCAAAUGGAUGGAUUAAAUUGGAUGAUUCAUUCUUGGUGCAAAGAGAACAGUGUUAUUUUAGCAGACGAAAUGGGUCUUGGUAAAACUAUACAAACAAUAUGCUUCCUUUAUUACUUAUUCCACACGCACCAGCUUCACGGGCCAUUCUUAUUAGUAGUCCCUCUUUCGACAAUGACUUCCUGGCAAAGAGAAAUGUCACAGUGGGCACCAGACAUAAAUUUCGUUACAUACUUGGGUGACGUUACUUCCCGUAAUGUUAUCAGAGAAUAUGAAUGGUGUUACAGCUCGAAGAGACUAAAAUUUAAUGCUAUUCUCACGACAUAUGAAAUAGUACUUAAAGACAAAGCAUUUUUGGGUGCCUUAAAUUGGGCCGUGUUGCUAGUGGACGAAGCGCAUCGGUUAAAGAACGAUGAUUCUUUAUUGUACAAAGCACUCGCUGAAUUUCACACAAAUCACCGCCUUUUAAUAACUGGUACUCCAUUGCAAAAUAGCUUGAAAGAAUUGUGGGCCUUACUACAUUUCAUAAUGCCUGCUAAAUUUAGUUCUUGGGAAGAAUUUGAGAAGGAACACGAUAACGCGGCACAAAAAGGAUAUUCCAAAUUACACAAACAGCUGGAGCCAUUUAUUUUACGACGCGUUAAGAAGGAUGUGGAGAAAUCGUUACCCGCAAAAGUUGAACAGAUUUUGCGAGUAGAAAUGACAUCUCUGCAAAAACAAUAUUACAAAUGGAUAUUGACCAAAAAUUACAAUGCAUUACGGAAAGGUGUCAAAGGUUCAACUAUGACCUUCCUUAAUAUUGUAAUUGAAUUAAAGAAAUGCUGUAAUCACGCAUUUCUUACGAAACCCACCGAAAAUGAAACAAGGGAAAGUAAUGAAGAUUACUUGCAGCAAAUAAUUCGGGGUUCUGGAAAAUUAGUUCUCCUUGAUAAAUUGUUGGUGAGACUGCGUGAAACAGGUCAUAGGGUGUUGAUAUUUAGUCAAAUGGUCAGAAUGUUAGAUAUUCUUGGCGAAUAUCUGCAAAAGAGACAUUUUCCAUUCCAAAGAUUAGACGGAAGUAUAAAAGGAGAACUGCGAAAGCAAGCACUGGAUCAUUUUAAUGCAGAAGGGUCGCAAGAUUUUUGCUUCCUAUUAUCGACUAGAGCAGGUGGUCUUGGUAUUAAUCUCGCCACCGCUGACACAGUCAUUAUAUUCGAUUCGGAUUGGAAUCCACAAAAUGAUUUGCAAGCACAAGCUAGAGCACAUCGCAUUGGACAAAAGAAUCAGGUGAAUAUUUACCGAUUGGUAACGAAAAAUUCUGUCGAAGAAGAGAUAGUAGAAAGGGCUAAACAAAAAAUGGUUCUGGAUCAUCUCGUGAUUCAACGGAUGGAUACAACUGGUCGAACAGUGUUGGAUAAGAAAAAUGCAGGGACCAAUAGCAAUCCAUUUAACAAAGAGGACUUGAACGCUAUUUUAAAAUUCGGUGCUGAAGAUUUAUUUAAAGAUGAAGAAGACGGCGAUGAAGAACCGACUUGUGAUAUUGAUGAGAUACUGAGGAGAGCAGAAACGAGAGAUGAGGGACCUUCAACGGUAGGCGACGAAUUAUUGUCUGCAUUCAAAGUAGCUAGUUUUGCUGCAUUCGAAGAAGAAUCCGAACCCGUUAGUCAACCUAACGAUAAUGACGAUGAAAGUAAAGAUUGGGCCGAAAUUAUCCCAGAGAACUUCAGAAAGAAAGUUGAAGAGGAAGAAAAAUCUAAAGAAAUGGAAGAUCUGUAUUUACCGCCGAGAAGUCGAAAAACAUUACAACAGAUUAACCAAAGUGAAGGAAGAGGGAGAAAACGAAAGAAAUUAUCAGCUGAUGAUAGCGAAGAAGGCGAGGAUUCUGGAAGCGAGGCUGAGGGAACCGAUGACGAACGUCCUAAGAAGAGAGGUAGACCAAGGGUUACACCUCGAGAAAAUAUAAAAAGUUUCACUGAUGCAGAAAUACGAAGAUUUGUUAAAAGCUACAAAAAAUUCCCUGCACCUCUGAAACGGUUAGACGACAUUGCGGCAGAUGCAGAACUGCAAGAGAAACCAAUGUCAGAGUUACGUUUCUUAGGAGAUCAAUUAAGAACCAGAUGCGACGCUUGCUUAUCGGAGUUCGAAAGUACGGCAAAAGAAAAUAAAGGUGAAGAAGACGGUAAAGGACCUGGCCGUAAAAGAGGCAGAGGCCCCACAUUUAAAAUCGGUGGCGUUAUGGUCAAUGCGAAAUCGUUCUCAGCUGCGGUGAAAGAAUUAGAACCAUUAGAACAGGCUUUGCCGUCGGAUUCGGAACAACGAUCUAAUUGGCACGUUGACAUGAAAUUGAAGCCGGCGAAUUUGGAUUGUGAUUGGAAUUCUGAAGAUGACUCCAGACUUCUCAGAGGUAUAUAUCAACACGGCAUGGGUUCAUGGGAGGCCAUAAAAAUGGAUAACAGUUUAAAGCUUGGCGAUAAGCUGCUACCAAAUGGUAGUAAACUUCAGAUAAAAAAGAUACAUGCACGCGCCGAGUACCUCUUGAAAGUACUCAAGAAACAAAUUGAUUCUAAACUAGGCGUGACUAAAGUUAGAAAACCGAGAAAACCGAAGGAAGCAAAAGCAGCUAUCACAAAAGAGAUUAUAGAGGAAAACGAUACUUCCGGCGAAGAAAAUGGCAAAUCGAGAACUAAAGUUGAAAAGCCUGCAGUAAAAAAAGAGGAGGAAGUUGUUAUAAAAAAAGAAAUUAAAGAAGAAGUAGAAGAUGUAGUGGAAGAAAAGAAGAAAGAGAAGAAAACUAAAAAGGAGAAGAAGGAAAAUAAGAAGGCUAAAAAGGCAAAGCAACCGGCAGGUCCUAUGCAUUUUACUGCUAAUAAUGAACCAAGAGCUCUGGAUGUUCUCGGAGAUCUGGAUCCAUCGAUAUUCAAUGAGUGUAAAGAAAAAAUGAGGCCAGUGAAAAAAGCACUGAAAGCUUUAGAUAGACCUGAUCAAUCUUUGAGCGAAGCCGAACAAGUCGCCCAUACAAGACAGUGUCUUGUACAAAUUGGAAACCAAAUUAAUACCUGUUUAGAGGAAUACAGAGAUCCCGAACAGAUUAAGGAAUGGAGAAGUAAUUUAUGGUACUUCGUGUCUAAAUUUACGGAAUUCGAUGCGAAGAAACUUUACAAGUUAUACAAACACGCAACGAAGAAAGGAGGUGAGAGUAACACCAGUGCUACGUCUAGCCCGGAGAAGAAAGAAGAAGCAAGCUGUGGGAAGAAGCACACCGAGAAACAUAUCGAUAAACCAGUCGAAAGUAUUAAACAAAAACGUAAAAUUGAUGACAUGGAAGAGAAUUCAAAUAGUAGUACUACAGCGAGUAAGAAACAUUUCUCGGCUGUGUCAGCAGUAAGCAGUAUCAGUAACACAUCGGCGGUUACUAUUGGUGCUAUCACGAUUACCCCAAUUACCUCGACUCCGAAUUCUACUUCAAGUACCACGAACAGUGUGGAUACACCGCGACACAAAGAGAAGGAAUCAAAACAUAAAGACAUGAAAAGAGAUAGAGAUCGCGACAGGGACAGGGAUAGGCCCCAUAGUGAUAGAAGUAUGGACAGAAUGAGCGGGAGCAAAGACGAAAGAAUUAGAAGAGACAGCGGCGGUUACAGUAUAGGUGGACAUUAUAGUGGAAGCAGAGAGGACGAUCACUGGUUGUCCCGUGACGGAAGAGACAUGAGAGAUGGAAGAUUUGGGGAUCAUAAACGUGACCGUUUCGACUCGUACGGUCGAAUGUCCAGCGGAUAUCACCGUGACAGAGAGAGGGAACGCGAUCGUAGCAUUCAUAUGAAUGAUAAACGAAGCGAUUAUUACAGAUAUCCAUCGGGACCCCCUGGAUAUGGAUAUGGUCCAGGAGGAUAUGGAGGUGGAGGCGGCGGUGGUUACCCUCCGUCUGAUAUCGCGCCAAGCCAUUUUAGAGGUCGUGGUUAUCCUGGAGAUAGUUAUCCCAAUGACUGGCGGCCGAACAAAGAUUAUAGACGGGAUUAUGACAGAAGGCCACCCCCGCCAAACGCUAACUCCUAGUGCUCCUUGCUACUGUUCUCGAAUGUGUUGUAGAAUGACGGUAAUUCUGAUGGAGCCUUGCGUACUACCUGGCCGAGCAAUUAUGCUCGCUUAAAUGUGGUUACACGAUGAAUUUUCUACACAGUUUAAUCUGUGAUUUAGUACCACUGGUGACUUGUACCUAUGUAUAAAAUCUAUUCCAAUGCUUACUUAAUAUGCAAAAGAGUUCUAUCAUGUUAAGAUCGUCUUUCUAAGAAUUAUGAAGAGCGAUUUUUCGCAAAACUGACGAAUUGAUCCCCGUUCUUAGUAUGCAAUUAUCCAAUUUUUUUAUACAUAUGUCGAAUUACAUGAGAAAGGAAAUAGUGACGCAGAACUUUCAAGUUUACCGACUUCUAAUUCAUACGUAAUGAUAUUUGUUUACGUCUUUGAAUUCAUUUUAUUACAGUGCAAUUAUGGCAGGUUUUCAUAAUGAAUCAAGAUAAAAUCAAUGUGUUUGUAGUAUAUUAUUAUGUAACUUUUGUGAGUUUAAUUGUACGCCUUCCUAAAUUGCAUGUAACAUAUUUUGCAUUUUCGAUACUGAUUACGUGCGUUCAAUGGAUGUUUAGAUUGUAUACAGUUAUUCACUAAUUCAAACUAUAAUGCUAUGUUGAAACAUAAGUCUUCAAACCUUUAUAAUUUAUUUAUGAAUAUCAUAAUCUUACAUUGACAGAUACUUCGUUGCACUGCAAUAGAUGUAUCUACAAUUCCGACAUAUAAUUUUACAUAAGGGUGUCUGUAAAAUUGUACAAAUUAGUCAAACACCAUAUAAAUUUUCUAUUAACUAAGAAUCUACAUUGAAUUUUACAUAAAAAUGGGAUUUGUAGAAUAUCAUGACAUGUUUUUGUGAUGGUAUACAGUGUAUGAUAAAAUACGCUAUCUUAAUACAUAUGUAUGUAUUGUAAAAUUAGGAAGAAAGCAAGAAAUAUGAUAUUCGCCAACAAACGAUAACGCAUUCUUAAAAGAGAAAAAAAGAGAUUAACUUUUUCUCCUCUUUUAUAGAAUUUAUACUUUCAAAAUUGAAAAAGUAGAUAAGAAUUAUAUUUUUGCGUUCAUUCUUUUAAAGUACCAUAGUUUUGUAUCCUAUCAGAGACAAUGUGAAAUAUUGUAAAUAUUAGUAUAAGGCAAUAGUUAUAUUUGAUGUAUAUUUAACUAUGGAGUUACUGGGAUAAUGUAUUCUGCUUUCGUGUAGAAAGAAUAAACAAAAAACCAUAGUAUUCUCAGUUUCGCUUCAGUUGAAAAAUGAUUGAAUAUAACUGCAUCAUCGUAACAAAAGAACAGACGUAUUUCUAAUCAUUCGAAGAUCAUAAUUCAGAGGGUGUUGAAAUAUUUCUUGAUUAAAUGGGAUGUUUCUGAAUAUUGGUAAAAAUGUACAAAUUUUACAAAUACUUCUGUGAGAAUUUUGUAUUUGAUUGUUUACAAAAUUACAGGAUAUUCUAUGGAAAACAUAUUUGCUAAUUAUAUGUUCUUAAAACGGACGAUUGUCACAAGCUUUUUUCUAAUCAUGUAUUAGAUUCCUUGAAUCGCUAAAUCGAGCAUGAUGCGCGAGCAUUAUACGAUAUUUCUCUAUAGCGUAAUAUAUUUUUUAUUGUCCGUAAUUACUUACACAUGUAAUCGGCCCUCUUUUCUGGGCUACAAUAUAUGAAAAAAUUAUUUUGUAGAUUAUUUUCUUCAGAUGAAGUAAAUUUACAAAUAGUAAAAGUUCACAAUUUGAGCGUGCAUUUCUGUAAAUAUUCAUUGUAUACAUUGGAUGGUAUCUGACUAUCUCGAAGCGGUAUUAUAUCAUUGUAUGUAUUAUGUAUAUUACGUAUAACAAAUAACUUUUAGUGUUUUACUUAUCAAAGUACGUGCAUACAUACAUGCAUAUAUAAAAGAAGGUGAGAAAUAGGUACAUACAUUGAAAUUACACCGCAAUAGACAUCCACUAGUUUAGGUUUUUAAUUGCAAAGUGAUAUAAUUCUAAACAAUGAGCUAUUUAUAAUUUAUUACUAGCCGAAUACAGACUGCGAGUAAUAAAACAAAAUAUAUGUUGUAAAUACAUAUAAACUAAGAGAAAUAAAUAAUGUAGUAGAAAAA